GUAGAUCCCACUACGAUGAACAAUAACGUCUUAAAUACUUCUAAAGAGCAAGAUUUAAAUGAAGAUAGUGUAAGCGUACAAAAUGAUUUGGAAAAGAUUCGAGAGUGGUUAAAAAAACAACCCCACCUGAAUGUCAGAGACGAUGACGCAUCGUUGUUAAUAUUUCUAAGAAGCUCAAAGUAUAGUAUCCAACGUACUAAAGAAAAACUCGACAAUUACUACUCCAUGAUCACCUUACUUCCAGAGAUCUUUGACGAUCUAGACCCAUUCGCGCCUGAUAUUCAAGCGCUUUUAAAUGUCGGCACUAUGGUACCACUGCCAAAUACCUUUGGUAAAUGUGGACCUAGAAUUAUUUUGUGCGGGUAUGGUUAUGAUCCCGUUCUGGUACCGUACACCACCAUUGUGAAAGCGUCUCUAAUGAUAUACGAUAUUCUAAUGGCCGAGGAUCUGAAUACUGUUGCAUUCGGUGUUUACAUGGUGAUCGACUUAAAAAGGUUUUCACUAAAAUAUGCCUUACAAUUAACUCCGACUAUUGUGACUCAGCACCUCUACUGCAUUGAAACAGGAUACCCUCUGAGACUCAAAGGUAUGCAGAUCGAAAAUUGCCCAUCAGCUUUGGACGUUACAGUUAAAAUAGUGAAAGCUUGUUUAAAGGGUAAAGUUAGCAACAGAUUGCAUGUGUACAGGGAGGAUAGCAAUCUUCAAAAGGAAAUUACCCUUGAAAUGUUGCCCAUCGAGUAUGGUGGAACAAAUGGAUCAAUUAAAGAGCUGGGAGCAAUUUGGAAAAAGAAAAUGGAAUCCUAUAGAGACUGGUUUAGAGAUAACGCUAAAUACAAAACUAAUGAAAAUCUUCGUCCCGGCCCAGCGAAAAGCAGUGCCAGUGAGCUUGGAAUCGACGGAUCGUUUAGAAAAUUAGCAGUUGAUUAAUUAAGUUUUCACAAAUUGUACUUUUGACUAUUGCCCUCAGAAAAUCUCAACCAAUCAUAUUAAAUGCAUAUUACAGAAAUCACCUAGCAACAGACAAAUAUCCUCGAGUAUUCAUGCACUGUGCAAUACCCGCGGGUAUUGCUUAUGUGUAAAUACAAAAAUGAAACUUACCUACAUAAAUAAUUCCAAAUUGUAUUAACGAAAAUUACAAUUUGUAAAAUGGCAAUUUGUAACUGAACCCAUGCUUAUUUUCGGUUUCAUGAUGCUAUUUGAAAAACCAUGUCUUUGAAAGGAUCGAAACAAACAUUAUAUUCUUCUUAUCUUGCAAAAUUUUUGUCGGGCAAUAGUCAUCCCGUAUAUCCCUCGUGCACGCCAA